AUCAAGAUCUGAAAAUGUUAUUCGCUGGAAGCAGCAUUACUCUACCGGUUUAACCUCGCCCCCGCAACUUUUCUCACUUUCCGAGCACGUUGAACAAAGAGAUGGGUUCAUCACAGUCUUCGCAGCUACUCGAUGAAGAAGAAGACGACGAAGAAGAUGAACCAGAAAUCGAAGAAGAAGAAGAUGCUAACGACGGACUGAACAGAAGAAGGACCGAGCUGGACAGUCUUUUGGUGAAGAAAGUCCUCGAGCAAGAGCCCGAGAUGCUUCCCUGCCACGCGUCCGCCUCCCCUCUCUCUCCUCAGCUCUCUUCCCUCGGCACGCCUCGAAUAGGACCUUCGAUCAAAGUCUGGGACCCUUACAACGUCCUCCUCGCCCCACCUCCUCCUCUCUUCUCCGGUGUCUCCUCCUCCGCGGUGGAGCACGAUCGCGCCGCUGCCGUCACGGAGGUUUAUCUAAUCAGCCACGGAGAGUGCGAUCUCGACCUAAGGCCCGAUCUGAUCGGAGGGAGGUGCCACGUGGCAGCUCUCACCCCCAACGGGAAACGCCAGGCGAGGGCUCUCGCCGUGUUCUUGAACUCCGAAGGCGUUCGGUUCGCCUCCGUCUUCGCUUCGCCUCUGGAUCGAGCUAGAUCCAUGGCCGUUUCCGUUUGCCAGGAGAUGAAUUUUCCGGAGGAGCAUGUACAGUCCUCAGACGCUAUCGUUGAGAUGAGUCUAGGAGAAUGGGAAGGCUUCCACAGAUCAGAGAUCUACACGCCCGAGACUCUGAGUUUGAUAGAGAGAAGCCAACCUGACUUCUCACCUCCGUCAGGUGAGUCACUCAGACAAGUUGAGUUUCGGAUGGUUCAGUUUCUCAACGGACUUAGGUCUACACAUCACAACAAUGCUCGAGUAGGGUUGUCACAGAGUAGUAAUCCUCACUCGCUAGCUACGUCUAUUCAUCGUCCAAGUUUGACGAGGAAGAAGUCUGGGAAGAGCAGGUUUCAGGUGAUGAACACUACGGGUGGUGAAGAGAUGUUUAAUCAUCAGAACGAUGAACAACAGCUUGGUGAUGUAAACAGCAAGAGUUCCUCUUCUCAGCUCUCGACCUGCAUUGGAGUUUUCACACAUUCGUUACCUAUCAAGUGUCUUCUGACCGGUGUACUCGGAUGCAGCUCGGUAAUGACGCAUAAGAUCUGUGUGGAGGAUUCCUCCGUGACCGUGUUGCAACAUUCGUGGAAAACCGGGUGGCAGGUUAAGCGGUUGAAUGAUACCGCUCAUCUUAGACUGUUGUAGCAUCAUUAUUGUCAAGACAUUCACACGCCAUUUGAGUCUGCAGAAGAAGAUCAACAAGCUUUGCAGAUUACAUGCUACUGUCACGAGCCUCUUGUAUUGUUUGUUUUUGAGAAAGAAAAAAAGGGAUUAAAUCGUUAAUUUUUGUUGUCUUUAUAGCCCAUCUUUGUUUUGUUUGAUUCA